AUGGCUCCUAUCACAUCUGCGAUCACACGUGUGCUGGUAACCGGGUUCGGGCCAUUUGGAGGCGUGCCAGAUAAUCCGAGCUGGGGCAUAGCAUCUCGUCUGCCAUCGGCCCUACCAUCCAACAUUGAACUGCUUGUUCAUCCGUCCUAUGUUCCAGUGUCAUACCACCCAACACUAGAUCUUGUGCCGACUUUCCACGACCAGAGCCCCGACAUCGCUCUCCACAUUGGCGUGGCGGCAGGGCGUAAAUACUUCGCCGUCGAACAGACCAGCCAAAAGAGCGGCUACGAGUGGGUGCCAGGUGUGGACGGCGAAAUAUUUACCAAGGAGGAACAACAAGCAGCCUGGGGCCCGUUACCCGAGAAAUACUCUACAUCUCUAGACCUACACGCCACGGUAGCGCGCUGGAAGGAGCUUACCUCCGGCCUGUCGUUCUCAGAGCGAGGCUCCGGUGCGAGGGCGAAGCCCGUGGACGUGAGGUUCUCGGACGAACUCCCUGAUAUGUUGGCGAAUUUCACCACGCAGGGACAAUCUGUCACCACGCAGGACGAUGAAGUCAAGUGGAGCGAUGCGGUUGGGACGUAUCUUUGUGGGUUUAUUUACUAUGCAAGUAUGGCUGAAAUGGGAAAAAGAAACACAGGGGAGCAGAGAAAUGUUGCGUUCUUGCAUGUCCCCAGCUUGGAUACGGAGGAGCAGAUCAAAGUGGGCGUGGACGUCACAGUUGCACUCAUCCAGGCACUGGUCGAGGUGAAAGGUUCUACUUGA